CUCUCUCUCCCCCCUUUCUCUCUCUACUCUGUCUUCUUCAAGAACUUUCUUCCUCUGUUUUUUUUUUUCCUGUGCUAGCGUAUACAUAUUGCCAAACCAAUAUUUCCAUUUAAAAAAAAAAAUACUGUUACAAAAUUUUCAAAUUUCCCAUUUAUAAAUUAUGUGACGUGUUAUGUAAAAAUACGUUACUUAUUAAUUUAAUUAUCAACAAUUACAAGAACACUUACGAACGCUCUCUCUCGUUUAAGAAGGAAUAUAGUAAUGGUUAAAAUUAAUGGUUUUUCUGUCGUAACACCAAAAAACAGAGUAUUUGAAUUUUUAAAUUCGUUCGGGGAAUAAAAAACUCGAGUUGGUGUUGAUAUUCAAUUGGGCAUUAAUAAAAUAUAUUUAAACUGGGUCGAAGUAGGUGCCGUUGUUCCAAUCAUAAGGAGGUUGUUCUUGUUCGGGAAUUCUCAUUUCUCUCUCUCGGGAUUCGUGUCUGUCUCCGAUUCUGGAAAGCCGAAGAAGAUAGCUACAGUUUUCUUGUUCUUGUUGUUCUCCUUCUUCCACUCCUUCAACUCCAAGUCUUAAAAGUUUCUGCAUUUUUUUUUCCUUCAGGAAUCAGUAAUUUGAUUAAAUGGGUAUCGCCAAUUCGAUUGGUUAUCGUUUAAUUUGUGAGAAAGAUCGGUAAUUUGGAUUGGAUCCCCGAAUUUUACUCAAAGAUUUGGAGACAGAGGAAGAAGAUACUAGGCUAUUGAGCUAUGGCUACCUAUUUCCAGAAUUUGGGUAACCAGAACUUACUGAACCCUUAUCAAGGGGACCCCGAACCGCCCGGAAACAUGAUGAUGUAUCUGAAUCAGGCUUCUUAUGCCGCCGGAUCCUACUCCGAGGUCUUGUCUGGCGGCAAUUUGCCCCCUCAGAAGUAUCCUGACUCUGAGGGGGUUAGGAAUGAAAUGAUGUUUAUUCCGCCAACGAGUGAUCAAGUCAGGGAUUGUGACAUUGGCGGCGAUUCCUUGAUUGGGAAACAUGGUAUUCAGGAUCAUGGAUUGUCUCUCAGCCUUUCCACCCAAAUUCCGCAAACAGUAUCUCUGCCGUUGUUUCAGUACCAGUAUCCGAAUUCAAGUCUGUCUUCGGUUUUGAGCAAUGCUCCAGUGCUAGGGAAGGGUGACGAGUACAAUCAAAGCGAGGAGUUUAGAAACUUCGAAAGCUUGGCAUCGGGGUUAUAUGGAGGUGGCCAUGAGGCUGUCAAGACACAGGCUUUCUACAAUCCUUUGUGUUCGUCGGGAUCCAAAGAAAUGCACUCUGAAGCAUACUUGGACGAAUCAUUAGUUUCUGCAAACACUAUGUUAAGCUCCAAGUACCUCAAGGCAGCACAACAGUUGCUUGAUGAAGUGGUAAAUGUCCGAAAGGCUCUGAAGCAGUCUCGAUUGAACAAGAACCAGAGCUUUAAGCGGAGUGGAAUAGACGGUACCAAAGAGACUGAUGGGAGUGAUCAACAUUUACGGAGAUCAUCAGAUCCUAGCAAAUCAAGCGCUGUCUCUUCUAUCGAGUUAUCACCAUCAGAACGGCAGGAUUUGCAGAACAAGAAGACUAAACUUUUGUCCAUGUUGAAUGAGGUAGAUCAAAGAUACAAACAAUAUUACCAUCAAAUGCAAGCCGUGGUGUCAUAUUUUGACAAGGUGGCAGGGAACGGGGCUGCUGGACCAUACACUGCCCUUGCUCUCCAAGCAAUUUCACGUCACUUUCGCAGUUUGCGUGACGCAAUCAAGGGCCAAAUUCAAGUGACGAGGAAAAGCCUGGGAGAGCAAGAUAAUUCAUCUGAUGGUCAAGGAUCAGUAAUACCCCGCCUCCGCUAUGUGGACCAACAGCUCAGACAGCAGAGGGCAUUUCAGCAACUUGGUGGAUUGCAGCAUGCUUGGAGGCCUCAGAGAGGACUCCCGGAAAGCUCUGUUACAAUCCUUCGUGCCUGGCUGUUCGAACAUUUCCUUCUUCCUUACCCGAAGGAUUCAGAAAAGAUUAUGCUUGCAAGGCAGACUGGAUUAACCAGAAACCAGGUUGCCAACUGGUUUAUCAAUGCAAGGGUACGCCUUUGGAAACCCAUGAUUGAGGAUAUAUACAAAGAAGAAUUCGGUGAUCUGGACAUGGAUUCGAAAUCUUCACCUGAAAACGCACUCAAGGAAGAAGCAAGAGUUGAUUUCUCAGCAUCUGAGGACAGGAAAGAGGAGUUGCACGAAAGCCUGAUAUCCGCAACUGCUGAUAGUAUUGAACCAGGGAAAUUGCAUGACUCGAAGUUGGGUCACAAUUCCACAUAUGACAUGCCAAGGUUGGAUCAUUUCACAGUUGGCAGCGAUGUGUCACUUGCGUUGGAGUUACGGCAUGGCGAAGAACACAAUGCCUUUCCUCCAUCUACCGGAUCCCAUGUAAGAGCUAAUGAUGCGGUAACUUCUUUGGAUUGCCACUAUGAGGAUCCGGAGCAACAACAUUUAAUACAGGUUUGGCAAUACCCACCCGUUACUUGAUUUUGUAGUCCGAGAGGAUUAUCGCCUCCAAAUAUUGGGCGGUAAGCGGCCUCAGGCAAUGAUCGUCGAGAAACAGAAUACUUGUUUCGCUGCUCUAGCAAGUGGGUGUAGAUGUAGAUGUGUGUAUGAUACUGGUACCAACGUGUAAUAUAACAGAGCUUGGUGGAAGAAGAAGAAGCCUUAGGCAUAUUCGUAAACUAGUUUUGUAAAGAUAUAAGGUGAAGGAAUAUCUUGUGCAUUCAUUGAAUAAGGAACUUGGAAACUGUACAAGUGCGACCUCAAAAUGUGUAAUCUCAUCUGGAAAUAAGUCUGAUACAAGAAUUGCCUGA